AUGAUCAAUCAGCAGGAUCCAAGGCUAUGUAUGAAGCAUAUGGAUAGUCUAUUGGUAACAGAUCAAUUGGAUGAUAAGAUGUUAGAUGGGGAUAAGAUGUGGAUCAGAUCUGAGAUCCAGAUAUGUGAAUAUGACAGAGAGUACACAAGAGUUACACUGGAGACAGGGUACCCUCUAAAACCAGGCACAGCAGCAAUUGCCUCAAAAACUGCAUACUACCAGCAGACCAUGCAGAAUGACUCUCAUGCAAAGAAGCCACCUGAAGAGCAAUACUACAUGUCACAGUACAUGUCAGCCUGGAUCAAAGAAAUACUAGAGCAGGAGGAGGGAAAAGUCAAUGGGUCGGCAUAG